UAUCAACAGUAAAAAGUCUAAGGCACAGUGUUGUUGUCAAUAUCAUUAUCAACAAAAAUAACCCGAUUAUCUCAUUAUCCCAGAAUUCUCAAGAUUGCAUAAGUUUUUUAAUAACUCUGAUGACAUAACGACACACCAACGAACCAUUUUUCAGUCAGAAAAAUUCGACUUCCAUUUAUCAAAAGCUUUUAAUCAUUCCCUGGUCAUAUUUUAUUGGUUAUGUUUACGCGUCAGUUGUCUAUGAAACGUUUCAGAAAUUACAACAAUCGAUAUUAUUUCUGUAUUGAUACAAGCCGGAAAUAACAUCUGGAUAAUAAAUAUUAAUCAUCACUAGUUUUUUAUUAUCGUAUAAAAAUGGGUUCCGUAGAAAAUUCAAAUUUUCAUCUGCUGGCAUCUGUGGUUAUUCGGCGGUCGGCAGUUGUGUUAUUUGUUGCUUUAUCGUCGUGUUUAUUUAUUUAUUUGAAUCGAGUGCAGCCGAGUUAUUACAUCGACGAGGCAUUUCACAUACCCCAAGUGCAAAAGUACUGUAAUGGGACAUUAUUUGAGUGGGAUAAGAAAAUAACAACUCUACCAGGCCUCUACGUUCUCUCAGCUGUCCUCUUAGGCCCAAUAAAACAGUGCACAAUAUUAUUUCUCCGAUCAAUAAAUUUAAUUCUGACAUUCUCCAAUUUGUAUCUGACGACGAAAAUAUUGAGUACAAAAAAAUGGGCUCAGAGGGAGGAAAAUGCAUUGAAAAAGUUCGGGGUUGCCUUCACAGUGACAAUAUUUCCUCCUCUGUUCUUCUGGUUUUUCUUGUAUUAUACUGAUGUAUUAUCGAUUAACCUGGUACUCCUGACGUUUCUCUUACAUCAGAGAGAGCAUUACAGAGUCUCGGCUUAUGUCGGUGGCCUUUCAGUGUUCGUGAGACAGACGAACAUAAUCUGGGUAAUUUUAUUAGCCGGUGAGCGGGUUUUAAUGCUGAUUGAAGCCCAAACACCACGAAGUAUCGAGACACUGAUGAAUCGAGGACUUCACACCACUCCAAUGCACGCAAAACUCCUGUGGAACAACGUAGUGCACCACAUAAGACGUGGAAAGGUUGCCUUUUUAAAAUUCAUCGGCGAAAUGUGCUUCAACGUUCGUGGCCACAUAACAGUGCUCGUAACAUUCUUAAUCUUCGUAAUGGUGAACCGAGGAAUUGUUCUAGGAGAUCGUAAUGCCCACGUUGCAACGAUUCACGUGCCUCAGCUCUUUUAUUUCUCUAUUUUCUUUGCCAUCUUUGCCUGGCCCUACGUCCUACCUCACUGGAGAUCAUUCCUCCAGUUUAUCCGUAAACAUUGGGUCCUUACGAGUUUAUCAUUAGCACUAUUCACGACUAUUGUGCAUAAUAAUACACUGGUGCAUCCUUAUUUACUAGCUGACAAUAGACACUACGUUUUCUAUGUCUGGAACAAGAUAAUGGGGCGCUAUUACCUGGCGAAGUAUCUCCUUGUACCAUUUUAUGGUUUCUCGAUUUAUGGGUUAUUGGCUUGUCUGCAAGAUUUGAAAUACCUCUCGAAGAUUCUCUAUCUCGUGAGUAUCGGUAUUAUUCUCGUCCCUCAACUACUGCUCGAGCCACGUUAUUUCGUCAUUCCUUACAUUCUAUUGCGACUGAAUAUGACUGAACCAAAGCCCUGGCAGUUAGUCCUGGAGUUGAUCACAACUGCUGUCAUAAACUUCCUCCAGUUUUAUAUUUUUGUCACCAAGAGCUUUUACUGGACAGAUCAGGAGGGCCCCCAGAGAAUAUCCUGGUAAUUUCAUCAUUACCCGUUUUUUUUUUUCUACUAAAAGAUGCCAAACUGCGUACGUACGUGAGGUAACAGAGUGUUUCUUAUCAGCUGACAGUUUUUUUCACGCACCGGAAUUAUAUUUUCAGCGGCUGUAAAUGCCAAAUCAUGUUUAUGGAAGGAAUAAAAUUUCUUUCUUGAUUGGUAAUUCCAGUAUUUUGAUCAUUAGUUUCAUAUUUUUUAAAAUUCAGUGAUGACAAUCCGUCUCUUUUAUGUCAGUUGAUCAGAAAGAGAAAUAGAAAUUUGUCUCUGUUAUCUUAGAUUUAUUUGAAAUGAUUGACCUCACUACCGACAUAGUGAACUGAAAGAUAAAUAUAUAUUCUGUAUGCAAUGAAAAAAACUUUUUUAUCUACGACUGAAGAGUGAUAUUGUACCUAGGCUAAUAUGUUGAGAGAAUAGAUAAUGGAUAAGUCGUAGUUCAUUACAACUAAGCGAGAUCUUAUAUUUCAUUAUUUUACAUUUUACAAAGAAGAAGUCUUAAGUGUAAUAAUCACUUUUUGGAUUUUCUUUUAUUCUAUAUUACUGAGUAUGACGUAUGAAUAAGCACUCAUAUUUUCCUCAAUUCGUAUUAUACAAAUAUAAUACAUGUCUCCUAACGUUUAUUAUUUCCACUUUGUUCAUUUUCGUCGAUAAUAAUAAGGUAAAAUUAUUGACAAUAAAACUUGACAAUUGUACGAGCAUUAUCUUCCUCGACGUUUUCCAUCUCAAUGUAAAAAUCACAAUAAAUAAGUUUACAAUGUACAUGUGGUAAACAGUUACACAUCUGUGUAAUAAGUGGACAGGGCCUGUUACCCAUUGUGUCGGGCCCAAAGUGCCUUUAUUACGGAUUUAUUAAGACAUCGCAAUUCUCUCUCAAUACAAUUCAUUUGAAUAUGGAAUAAUAAAUUGAAUUUCCAAUCUAAAUUU